AGUCGGAUCAGCCGGUAUUUCACAAAAGCACUGCACUAUUCAGAGCUCUAUCUCUCUCUCAGCGACUGAUCUGGUAUCGCCGACCGAACUCAGAAACAUGGGCUCGUUGGAAGCUCUGAUCAUUCAGAUACAAGGGCUGUCGAGCAGCGCCGGAGAUAUCUCCCGCCUCCAUGUCAUCCUGAAGCAAUCGGAGGACUCUCUCCGCGCCGAGUCGACUCGGUUGUCUGCGGUUCUUAACGAGCUCGACCCGUCCACGCACUCUCUCGGAUACCUCUACAUCCUAGAGGCUUGCACAUCUGCUCCGAUUUCGAAAGAGCAAGCCACAACAUUGGUUCCCUACAUUGCUAGAUUUAUCAGUUAUUGUGUUCCGGAGCAAAUUGGUGUGGUGCCAGAUAAAUUCAUAUCUGUUUGUAAGAGGCUUAAGGACCAGGUUUUGCUACUUGGAACACCAAUUCGGGGGGUGGCUCCGAUGUUGACUGCUGUGCGGAAACUCCAACAUUCCUCAGAACAUUUGACUACUUUGCAUCCAGAGUUUCUUCUACUUUGUUUAUUGGCAAAGUGCUAUAAGACUGGCCUCUCCAUUUUGGAGGAUGAUAUCUCUGAAGUCGAUCAGCCAAGGGACCUUUUUCUCUACUGUUAUUAUGGGGGGAUGAUAUGCGUAGGACAAAAGCGUUUCCGCAAAGCACUGGAGCUUCUUCAUAAUGUUGUUACUGCUCCAAUGUCUACUAUAAAUGCUAUAGCUGUUGAAGCUUACAAAAAGUACAUAAUGGUUUCUCUGAUUCACCAUGGACAGUUUUCUACCAGUCUCCCUAAGUACACCUCUUCGGUAGCUCAGAGACUUCUAAAGAACUACUGUCAGCCCUAUAUUGAACUCGCAACUAGUUAUAGCACUGGCAAAAUUGCAGAAUUAGAAGCAUAUGUUCAGACAAACAGGGAGCAGUUUGAAAGUGACAACAAUUCUGGACUAGUGAAGCAGGUUGUAUCAUCCAUCUAUAAGCGAAAUAUCCAGAGAUUGACUCAGACAUACCUGACCCUCUCCCUUCAAGACAUUGCCAAUACAGUACAACUGAAUAGUCCCAAGGAGGCAGAAAUGCAUGUCCUGCAAAUGAUUCAAGAUGGUGAGAUAUUUGCAACAAUCAACCAGAAGGACGGAAUGGUUAGAUUCCUAGAGGAUCCUGAACAAUAUAAGACCUGUGAGAUGAUUGAGCAUAUUGAUUCAUCCAUCCAGAGGAUGAUGGCACUGUCAAGGAAGCUGACUACUAUAGAUGAACAGAUCUCAUGUGAUCCUUUAUACCUAGCAAAGGCGGGGAGAGAGAGACAGAGAUUCGACUUUGAUGACUUUGAUACUGUUCCCCAGAAAUAAUUUAACGUAUGAAGUAAGCUUGAUUGGCCAUACCUGGAAGUGGUUCAUGAAUCAUGCUUAUAAGCAUUGCACCAGACCCGCGCUUAAUCUGAUCUGUUGGCUUCUAUUGUUCAAAAAGUUGGGAUCUUUUCUUUUGUUUAUAUAAUCCCAAAAUGAAAAAGAAGUGGAUAUAUAUGCGACAUUUUUUUUGUUAUUAGCCGGUUGUGAAGGUUUUAAUUUUCAUGUAUUCAAGUAUAUUUCUGUUUCCUGCAUCCUUCCUUGGGAUGUUUCACUCAUUAUGCACAUUGCAAAAUUUUGACGAUGAAAAAUGAAAUUCUGAAGGAUUGGCAGCUUGAGCAA